CCAUUUAGUCCAAAUUUUAGUAUGAUGGGCCACUUAAUAUGACUUGAGACAACUUGGCAUGUACUAUUCUUGACUUGGACAUAUACUCUUGUACAUUUUGUUCAAUUAUUAUAUUUUCUCAGUAGAAUCAAAUCAAUAUUUUCUCUCAAUCAAAGAAAAUUGCCAAUGUUGUUCAACCUUGUCAUGCUAGUUUCUCUCUUCUUAGUUGAUUUUGCACCAGCUUGUUGUGAAGUUGAUGAAUUCAUUUACAAUGGAUUCCAGCCAAGGAAUAUUGUCUUGGAUGGCAUUGCUAAUCUCACAUCCAAUGGUCUUUUGUUGUUAACAGAUUCUAAAACACAAGAUCAAGGCCAUGCUUUCUAUCCAAAUGCAAUUCAUUUCAAGAAUUCACCUAAUGGUACCACUGUAUUUUCUUUCUCCACAACCUUUGUUUUCGCCAUAAGGUCUGAUUAUCGACCUUUGGAUGGUCACGGAUUGGCUUUUGUUAUCGCGCCACAGAGAGGAAUUAGGAGGGCUUUAGCAAACCACUAUCUUGGCCUUUUUAACUCAGCCAAUAAUGGGGAUAGUUCAAAUCAUAUUGUAGGAGUUGAGCUUGAUACAAUCUACAGCGCAGAUUUCGAUGAUAUGAAUGACAAUCAUGUUGGAAUUGAUAUAAAUGGAUUGAAAUCUUUAGCAAAUCACACAACAGGUUAUUUUGAUGAUGAUGAUACUAGCUUGUUUCAUGACAUGACUCUAGUUAGUGGCCAGCCAAUGCAAGUGUGGGUGGAUUAUGAUGGCAGUAGUAAGCACAUUAAUGUAACAGUAGCUCCAUUACUUAUGGGAAAAAAACCAGUUAGGCCACUUUUGUCUUUGAAAUGUGAUCUUUCACCAAUUUUUUAUCAGACUAUGUAUGUUGGUUUUUCAUCAUCAACUGGUUCAGUCCCAACAAAUCAUUAUAUCUUGGGAUGGAGCUUCAAGAUAGAUGGGAAAGCUCAAGAACUUUCUCAACUUCCUAAACUUCCUCGUCUUGAGGGCAAACGGACAUCAAGAUUUGUAACGAUUGGUUUGCCAGUAAUGUCUUUGGUUUCAGUUAUUGUUGCAACCUCAGUGGUGGUUUAUUAUGUUAGAAGGAAGAAGUAUGAACAACUUGUUGAAGAUUGGGAACGUGAGUAUAGACCACAAAGGUUCAAUUAUAAAGAUUUGUACAAGGCCACUAAGGGAUUCAGAGAAAAAGAGGUAUUGGGAGCAGGAGGGUUUGGUAAAGUUUACAAAGGAGUGAUGCCGAUUACAAAACUUGAGAUAGCUGUAAAGAAGAUAUCUCAUGAAUCAAGACAAGGGAUGAAGGAAUUUGUUUCAGAGAUUGUAAGCAUAGGUCGUAUGCAACACAGGAACGUAGUACCACUUUUGGGUUAUUGUAGGCGAAAAGGGGAGUUACUUUUGGUUUAUGAAUACAUGUCUAAUGGAAGUCUAGACAAGUAUUUGUAUGACCAACCAAGAUUCACCCUCGAUUGGACCCAAAGAUUCAGAGUCAUCAGAGGUAUAGCAGCAGGACUAUUUUUCUUGCACGAAGAAUGUGACCACGUAGUGGUUCAUAGGGAUAUUAAAGCAAGUAAUGUCUUGUUAGAUGGUGAACUAAAUGGCAGGUUAGGAGACUUUGGACUCGCGAGGCUAUAUGGUCAUGGGACCGAUCCUCAAUCUACUCGUGUCGUUGGUACACUUGGUUACCUUGCCCCGGAGCAUACUAGAACUGGCAGGGCGACACCUAGUAGCGAUGUUUUUUCCUUUGGUGCUUUCCUGCUUGAAGUUGCCUGUGGUAAGAGGCCGAUACAGCCAAGACAAGACGGUGAUGAUCUGAUUUUGGUCGAUUGGGUGUUCUCGUGCUGGAGUAGAGGUAAUAUUCUCGAGGCUGUUGAUCCAAACCUAGGUACUGAUUUUGUUCCAGGGCAAGUGGAGUUGGUCUUAAGUCUAGGCUUGUUCUGCUCUCAUUCAGAGCCUUCACUUAGGCCAACCAUGAGGCAAAAUUUGUUGUUCUUGGAUGGUGUUGUGGCCUUGCCAGAGUUAUCAGCUCUUGGUAUUUCAUCUGCUGGCUUAACAUUUAACCAUCCUGGAGGUUUUGAUGAUUUUAUCAAGUCAUAUCCAUGUUCUUCGAUUAAUGCACAUUCCCGCUCUUCAUCUGUAGCAGAAUCCUUUCUAUCUGAUGGCCGAUGAUUCGUGAUGAGUUGGAUAGAUCCUCUUUGGUGGAAUAUUGAUGUAUUGAUCCUGGUAAAUAUAACCUAAUUUUAGUGGUUUUUGGUACUGAUAAGUAGAGUAAGCUUAUGAUGAAAUACUACAAACCUUUUCAUUCUAUCCAGAAUUCAACACUUGAAAUAUAUUGAGAAAUGUCUUAAGAUA